AUGUAUAAAGAAAAUGAAGAUUUGGAUGAGAUGAAAUCGAUUACCCCGAUACAUGUAAAGUCGGAGAACGAAUUAUCAGUAGAAAUGUUUUCUUUCAACUUCUCAAUAGAAUUUAUUGAACAAGAAUGCACAAAAAUUCACAAUCAUUUUAUUAACGGACAAUUUGAUAGCAUAUCACAGAUAUUAUCCGAACUAAUAGAAAUAUUUGAUUCAUCAGAAUCAAAAUUUAAGCAUUUAAAGAUUGAUUUUUCAGAAAUAAAUCAAAUUUAUCUUCAAUUUCAAAUUCCGGUAGUACUUGAACAAUUGUUAGUGACAACAUAUCAACCAAUAGCAAUAAAGUUCAUCAGUAGUUCAUUAAAUAUGUCACUUAGCACAUUAGAAAGCUUACAUAUUUUAUUCUCAAAGUUAUGGGAUAUAUUUAUCGAAUGCGAAGAUGAAGAUCUAACAAUACUAUGCAUAGACAUUAUAACCAAAUCAAUAAAUAGUGAAUUUCCAAUUGAUAAUUUUCCUUUAGAAGAUUUUUGUGCAAAAAUAUCAGAUACACCACAAAUAUCACAUAGAAUUCUAGAUUUUUACUUAAAACUUACUCAAACAUUCCCUAACAAUCUCAAAUUAGCGGAUUUUGUUUUACCAAGUAUUAUGGACGUAAAAGAUUAUCUUUCAACACCAGCAACAUUCGAGAUUCUCCAUAUAAUAUACAAAAAUUUUGAAAAUCUUAGACAAAUUCUUAGAAAUGCGUAUUUUCUUCCAAUCUUUCAAGUUAUUGAUCAGCGACAGCCUUUAGCAUAUAAUGCUUUUCAUUUUAUGGCUUCUGUUAUUGAUCAAACCACUCACGAAGAAAUCUCAGAAAGUAUCAGAUUAGAUGACAUUUUGGGGUUAACAAAUGACUCAGAUGAGGCAACUAUUGAAGUCCUUGACUUUCUGAUUACAUGGUUUGAUGAUUAUCUUAAUGAAAUAGGAGAAUCUGAAGAAUUAGAGUGUAUUCUCAGAGGAACUAUCGAUUCGUCCUCAAUACCACUUGUAAUGUCUGGUAUUAAGCUAUUACUAAUGAGGUCCACGCUUACUCAUACAAGUUUUUGGAUUUUUACAGAUUUAUGUACUAAUAUUUCAAAAAUGAUGGAUAUUGAUUCUGCUGAGUUCCAAAAUAACUUUUUGGGACUAUUUGAUAUAUCAUUAGAUUCAGUUAAUAACGAAAAUAUUCAAUUUGUAAGAGAAUGCGUUAAUUUUGACGAAGUCAUGGAACAAUUUGAGGAAUCAGACCAAAUAUUUUCAGAAAAUCAAGAAUUGUAUUCUGUUAUCCUAGAAAAUAUGACAAAAUUUAUAAAUGAAGCAAUUCACAUAUAA